CGGUCCGCAGGGGAGCAGCCUGCAUGGAAGGUGAAUGCUCCCACGACCGGGGGCUUCAAGUGCAAUCGAUCGACUAAGCAUGGCUUGCCUUUAUUCUUGGCCUCUGGUUGUUUGAUGACGUGUGGAAACAAUGAUCGGGGGCAACAAAGGAGAGACGGGAAAACCAAUGUCCUGAGGUUUGAACCCCAACCUCCCCCUUCGCCUUCUGCUAACUUUGUGAAGGUCACAGCUGGAUGGGACUUUGUGAUUGCCAUCACAGGAGACGGCUCAGUUCUAUCAUGGGGCUCAAACUCCUUUGGGCAGCUUGGCAGACAAUGUCCUCAAGGGAAAAACUUUGAUUUUACACCUGAACAAGUGGUCAUUGGAAGUCAAUGCAUGAAAGCCACUUGUGUUGAAGCUGGACUCCGGCAUGCUGUGGCCUUAACAGAUUCUCAAGAGGUGGUCACGUGGGGACAUGGCAAGAAAGGCCAGUUGGGCCAGUGCACAGACGCUGGAGAGCUGAAAGCAAAGUCUGGAAUCCCUGCUAAAGUUGAUAUUGGAACUAGAGAGACCUUGACCAGUGUUGUGGCUGGAAUGUAUCACAGUGGAGCAUUGACAGCCAGUGGUAGCAUUUUCCUUUGGGGGUGCAACAAGUACGGACAGUGCUGCGUUGAUCCGAGUACCUCCAAUGUCGUAGCCAAGCCCGCCCUCGCUGAUUUCAUUAGACCGAGUGAGGACAGAGUUGUUGGACUGACCAGUGGAUGGACUCACCUCACUGCAAGAACAGAAACGGGCUGUCUCUUCAGCUGGGGCCGUUCUGAUUUAGGGCAGUUGGGACGACACUGCGACGGAAAGUAUGACCACAUUCCUCGACAAAUUGAGCUGAAACCUGUCACAGCACAAGACAGUGGCUCCGAGCACAACCUUGCUUUGACAGCUGAUGGUGAGGUCUACUCGUGGGGCUGGAAUGAGCACGGAAUUUGUGGAACUGGGAAUGAGGAGAAUGUGCACAGACCUCACAGAAUUUCCGCGUUUAUUGGAAUUCAAGCACUAGCCAUUGGAUGUGGUGCUGGGCAUUCUUUUUGUCUUGCACGUGAAAGUUGAUGAUUAUGUUCAGAAUCAGAAGUUUUAUUAAGCUGUGAUUGGUAUAAAAUUCCGACUUGAAUGAAGUGAGUGAGAGAGAGAAUGAGUUAGUAGUGAAUGAGUGAGUGAAUGAGAGAGAGAGAGA